AUGGACCCCAUGGUGCGCCUCGAGGCGAGUGCGGGAGGCGGGAAUCAGAAAGUCGGGCAGCGGCGUGUUUUGACCGCUAUUUUCCUCGUGUUUUCCGCAUGUUGCUCGACCUGCAGGCCGGACAAGUCGCGUGAUGUGACGAAAGGGUGUGCAUUGGGGUUUGCAUUGGGCGGUGGAACAGAACACAUGAGUAGGAAAAAAAAGUGGCCUGUAAGGCUUGCCAGAUUACUUUUUGCUAGGUACCCCGCUGACGUUGAUAAGCGUCAAAAGCGCUAA